AUGGAUACAUUAGACCAGCCGACAGAAGCCCACAAAAAAAUCUAUAAUCCCAAAUCUAAUCGCAUGAUCAUUAUAAAUGGGCCAGCAUAUCGUAAAUUAUUAUGUGAUGGUUAUAUGCAUUGGAGAGAAGAAAGGCUUUUGAUUCCGCCUUUACAUGAAUUACCAAUACUAAGAAGAUAUCUCUCUUUCAUUUCCUAUCGUAUUUGGGGUAUCGUAUCAGAAAGUAGUUUACUAACAGUGGUUAACGAAAAAAUAAGCCUAUUGCAGAUUUUACUCAAAGCUAAUUGGCACAAUCUCACUUUAUGUCAACUAUUAAAAUUAUGCUGGGAGCGUGAAGAGACAAAAGUUUGGAAAAAUAACGUACUCAUGAAAUUCCUCCAUCACCCGAAUUUAACUCCUUCAAAGUAUAGGCCAAGUGCUUUAUAUGAUGCGUUCACUAAGACAAAUGCUUUAGCCUUUAGGAUCGGAAGAAAUAUUAGCUCUAGCGCGUGCACUUUACUAAAAUGUAAAUCGAUACAGACAAUUUGUUCAUAG